AUGAAAGUAUUCCUUAUGAUAACUUUGGCUGUAUCAGCUGUUCUUUCGCAAGACUAUAGAAACAUCAAUUCUGAACCCAACGUGGAAAUUCAGCAAGUGGAAGUGUAUGAGGUGCCGCCGUAUCAGCCAUCAGGUUGGAAACCAGCUGCACCUUUUAGGUUACCAAGCAGAAUUGUAGCUGAAAGACUUCCAAGCAAACAGGCUGUUAACUUCUGGAGCACUGCCAAAUUUGAAGCUGCGUCGAACCCAUCGGGAAAAAUCCAGCUUCCAAACAAAGAAGCUAUCAACUUCGUUACCGGAGGAAGACUGGAAUCUCCAUCGAGCCUUCCCAAGGAUAGCUACGGUCCUCCAUCCCAAGAGUAUGGGCCACCAAACUCAACAGACUCGGAAUCCGAAGCUGUAACCACUGAAAUCCCCACCACCAUGCCGCCAAACGCUAAGCUUCAAAGCAAAAACGAGAAAUUCGUGGAAAGGGGUGUGUACUAUAUUUACCACCCCAACGGACAGCUUCAGAAAGUAGUAUAUGCAACUAAAGACGACAUGGAGAAAAUGGAGUAUUCUGCCAAGUUAAGGUAUCAAAAUGUUGAACCUAUCAGGGAUCCUAUUUACACUUAUAACUCGGAAACUUUGAAACUGGAAAGAUUGAAAGUCUGA